AGAGAGGGGCGGGUCUUGUCUGCGCCGUGGUAGGAUUCACGACCUGGGGGCGGAAAACCACGAUGGAGCGGCAAAGACGGGCAGUGGCGUAGCUUCAGCUGGGGACUGAGUUGCAUUAAAACCUCAUCAGCUUGUACACAGUAACCGAGGACGGAGGACGGCACGAUAUGCAGUCAUGAAGCGGGUUCGCACGGAGCAGAUCCAGUAUGCCGUGGCUCAGUACCUGAAGCGGAGGCAGUAUGUGGACACCGAUGGGUCCCUGAAAGGAGCCAAGCUCUUCCAGUCAGCGGAGGAGAUGGCUGCCAGCCUCACAGUGCAGACAGAGUCGGGUUGUGCCAACAUCGUCUCUGCAGCUCCCUGCCAGUCUGACCCACAGCAGUAUGAGACUCAGUACUCCAGACUGCGCUCCUUUCUGUCAGAAACAGAAAUAUCCUGGGCGAAGGAGGUGAGCAGCAUCCUCUACCCGCUCUUCGUCUACCUCCACCUGGACAUGGUGCGCUGCGGCCUGAAGGGGGCGGUAGAUGGCUUUUACAGUCGUUUUCACAGCACCUUUCUUCAAGACAGCGAACAGCGUGCCACCGUAGAACAGCUCCGCCAUGUUCUCACCGCUCAGGAUGUUGCAGCCAACCCCAAGCUCAGUGCUUUCCUGGAGCACAAGUACGUGGUUCACCUGACAGAGCCGGCCUACAGCUACCUGCUGCGUUACCUGCAGAGUGAGGACAACAGUGCCAUCUGCAGGGCCCUCAGCACACACCUACAGGUGGAGGUCACCGCCUCCAGGCGUACAGACUACCAGCUGUACGGAGCUGCCAGCGGGGCGACUGCAGCCACAAACUCGACCUCCUCCUGGGCUGGAGUGGAUGGGGCAGAUGGCGGUGAGGGGGUGGAGGUCCCCGCAGGGAUCCCACAGAGCGAGGCGGCCCUGGAGGCUCUGCAGGACUGCAUUAAGAAAGUCCGUGAGGGCCCCCCCACGCUCACCACCGUGUGCUUUUACGCUUUCCACCACACAGAGCAGAUGUUGAACACUGCAGAAGUCUCGGCCGACAGCCGGCUGCUGGCCGCCGGCUUUGACAGCUCCACGGUGAAGCUGUGGAGCCUCCGAGCCAGGAAGCUGAAGGCCAAACCGCAUCAGGCUGACGUGUCACGCAUCCACCUGGCCUGUGACGUACUGGAGGAGGAAGUGGAUGAAGAAGACGGGUCCGGCAGCGAGAUAAAGACACUGCGAGGUCACAGCGGCCCGGUGUUUCGUACUGCCUUCCUGACAGACGGCUCCGGCCUGCUCUCCUGCUCUGAGGAUACGACCAUUCGCUACUGGGACUUGGGUAACUUCACCAACAUGGUGCUCUACCAGGGCCACGCUUACCCAGUGUGGGACGUAGACAUCAGCCCCUGCAGCCUCUACUUUGCCAGCGGCUCCCACGACCGCACGGCCCGCCUCUGGACGUUCUCCCGCACCUACCCGCUGCGGCUCUACGCCGGGCAUCUUGCAGACGUCGACUGUGUCAAGUUUCAUCCCAACUCCAACUACCUGGCCACCGGCUCCACAGACAAGACUGUCCGGCUGUGGAGCACCCAGCAGGGGGCGUCUGUCCGCCUCUUCACCGGCCACCGAGGCCCGGUGUUGUCACUCGCUUUCUCACCUAACGGGAAGUACUUGGCGUCCGCCGGCGAGGACCAGAGGGUGAAGCUGUGGGACUUGGCUUCGGGGACGUUGUUCAAAGACCUGCGGGGACACACGGACAGCGUCACCAGCCUGUCUUUCAGUCCAGACAGCAGCCUGGUGGCGUCGUCGUCUAUAGACAACUCAGUCCGGGUGUGGGACAUCCGGAACUCCCACGGCGGGACACCAGCAGAUGGCUCGUCCGGUGAACUGGUGGGACUGUACACUGGAAACACCAGCAACGUGCUGAACGUCCAGUUCAUGGCCUGCAACCUGCUGCUGGUGACGGGAACCGCACAAGAGAAAACAGAACAGUAGCUGCAGCUAUCUGGUUUUUGUUUAUUUUUGAGAGAAAAGAUUGAAAAUCUCCAGAUGUUUGUUUGCGGACGGGGUCACCAGUCAGGCUGUUGUUUUCUUCCCUGAGCCAACCACGGGGAAGUUAAAGUAACCACCUGCACAGGAUUUUUGUUUUCCUCGUUAGUUGUUGGCAUAGAAAAUAAUUUAAUUUGUCUUUGAUGGUAUUUUCUAUUUAUCACUAUUAAAGAAUUCCUGUUUCUGGUGUACCUGAUGAUUAAAAAGCGUAAAGCUCUGAUGCCUUGGUGGUCAAAAACUGUUUACUCUGCUGUCAUGCACAAGUUUUAUAAAUAUAAAAGCAGCAUAUAUAAUGUGACUGUAAAAUAGUUUUUCCUGUUGCAUACAUAGAGAAUACGAUCCCUAUACACAAGUGUUUGUGAUGAUGACAUGCAGCUGUGUUUGUUUUGUUGGACAAAUUCACAUCUACAAGAAGAAAACUUUCAGAAAUAAGGAGAAUAUGUGAUGCAUUGAUGCCCGUAGAGUUUGCUGACUGUAUUGAGACGUCUCAUGGAUCAAAUACAAAAGCUGAACAUUAAAAUCACUAGAGCAGGAGGUGCUUGUUUUCACAGCAGCAGUGAAUGCUGUUGGUUUGUCUAUGAAAGUAUAAAUGGACUAUUUGAGGAACUUUCUAAGAAUCAAACCUAUAUUUUUCACACUGUCCUGUGAGUGGCAUUAAGUGUACGAUGCUUAAAGUGUAAAUAAACUGUAUAUUUAAUA